UUUAUUUUUCCCAUCUCUUCUCGCUAGCAACGCCUCCAGUCAGGACGCUUUCGGCGGCUUCCGUUAAAAUGGCUGUUACUGAGAGUGGAAACCCAAAGUAAGAACAAUCGUAGUGGGUACAACUGCAUCCAGUAGUAUCGCUUAAAAGACUGCAACGCAAUGGCUGCCCUAGAUCAAAAGUCCCCCAACGUCCUCCUUCAAAGUCUCUGCUGCAGGAUCACUGGGAAGAGCGAAGCUGAAGUAGCCCACCAGUUCCAGUAUGCUGUGAGAGUUGUCGGGAGUAACUAUGCUCCCACCAUUGAGAGGGAUGAGUUCCUAGUGUCAGAGAAGAUCAAAAAAGAAUUGCUGAAGCAGAGGAGAGAGGGUGACGCUGCCCUGUUCUCUGAGCUCCACAGAAAGCUGCAGACUCAGGGGGUGCUGAAACACAGGUGGUCCGUCUUAUACCUGCUGCUCAGUCUCUGUGAGGACCCCAGGAAACCGUCCAGGGUUGGCAGCUAUGGGGCGCUGUUUGCCCAGGCCCUCCCCCGGGACGCCCACUCCACCCCGUUCUACUGCACCCGGCCCGGGAGCCUGCCCCUCAGCUACACCGAGCGCUCGGGGCCCGGGGGCGCCCAGAUCUCCACCAGCAUGGGCACCAGUGGCAUCAGCAGCCUGGGGGUGUACUCCCUCAACGGGCCCACACCCACCCCUCAGCCCCUGCUGGCCGGACACCCACCCCAGACAGCAGGGCAGCAGCUGGGCUCUCGGCUGGCGUGGGCCCUUCCCAACACCUCCGCCCUGGCACCUACCUCACGGGCCCCGCUCGGCCCCCCACCCCUGUCCACCUGGGCCCCCAGGCCACGCCAUGACGGGGACCUCACUGCGGAGGUUGGUGAGGCUGCACUAGUCCGAGACAUCCUGUAUGUCUUCCAGGGGAUCGACGGCAAGUUCAUUAAGAUGAGCAACGCAGACAACUGCUACAAGAUCGACUCCAAGGUGGUGCUCUGUAAGUCUCUGAGGGACACCAGUAGCCGAUUGGCUGACCUGGGCUGGCUCCACAACAAGAUCCGGAAGUACACUGACUCGCGCAGUCUGGACCGAGCUUUCGGCCUGGUGGGACAGAGCUUCUGUGCCUCCCUGCAUCAGGAACUGAAGGAAUACUACAGACUUCUGGCAGUGCUGCACUCACAGUUGCAGGUGGAGGACGACCAGGGAGUGAACCUGGGAGUGGAGAGCAGUCUGACCCUCAGACGUCUCCUAGUCUGGACCUACGACCCUAAAGUCCGCCUCAAAACCCUGGCUGCCCUCGUUGACUUCUGCCAAGGGAGGAAGGGAGGUGAACUGGCGUCAGCGGUCCAUGCCUAUGGGAAGACAGGGGACCCUCAGAUGAGAGCUCUGGUGCAGCACAUCCUCAGCCUGGUGUCACAUCCCAUCCUCAACUUCCUCUACCGCUGGAUCUAUGACGGAGAGCUGGAGGACACUUACCAUGAGUUCUUUGUGGCGUCUGACCCCACCGUGAAGACAGACAGACUGUGGCACGACAAGUACUCACUGAGGAAGUCCAUGAUACCCACCUUCAUCACCAUGGACCAGGCCCGCAAGGUUCUGCUCAUUGGAAAGUCCAUUAACUUCCUGCAUCAGGUGUGCCAUGACAGAACCUCACCAGGGAAGAUCACCCCGGCCUCCAAGUCUACAGACUCCCCCAAAGAUGCUGCAGAGCUGUUAUCAGACCUGGAGGGGGCGUUCCAGGGGAAGAUAGAUGCAGCCUACUUUGAAACCAGCAAGUACCUGCUGAAUGUCCUCAACCAGAACUAUCUGCUGCUGGAGCACCUGCAGGCCAUGAGACGAUACCUGCUGCUGGGCCAGGGAGACUUCAUACGCCACCUCAUGGACCUGCUAAAACCAGAGCUGGCCCGCCCAGCCACCACUCUGUACCAGCACAACCUGACAGGCAUCCUGGAGACAGCCGUGAGGGCCACCAACGCCCAGUAUGACAACGCUGAGAUCCUCAAGAGACUGGACGUACGCCUGCUGGAGGUGUCUCCCGGGGAUACGGGCUGGGACGUCUUCAGUUUAGACUACCACGUAGAGGGUCCUAUCGCCACGGUGUUUACGCGGGAGUGCAUGAGCCACUACCUGCGGGUGUUCAACUUCCUGUGGCGAGCCAAGCGUAUGGAGUACAUCCUCACCGACAUCUGGAAGGGACAGAUGUGCAACGCCAAGCUGCUUAAAAGCAUGCCAGAGCUGUCUGGCGUGCUGCACCAGUGCCACAUCCUGGCCAAUGAGAUGGUCCACUUCAUCCACCAGAUGCAGUACUACAUCACCUUUGAGGUGCUAGAGUGUUGUUGGGAUGAGCUGUGGAACAAGGUAGAGAAGGCCCAGGAUCUAGACCACAUCAUCGCUGCCCACGAAGAAUUCUUAGACUCUGUCAUCUCCCGCUGCCUACUGGACACCAACAGCAGGUCCUUGUUGAACCAGCUGAGGGCUAUCUUUGACCAGAUCAUAGAGUUCCAGAGUGCCCAGGACUCUCUGUACCGCUCUGCCCUGGAGGAACUCACCCUGCGGCUGCAGUACGAGGAGCGGAAGAAGCAGAGGGAUUCUGAGGGUGAGUGGGGCGUGACGGCUGAACAGGAGGCAGAGGAGAACAGGAGGAUCCAAGAGUUCCAGGAGACCAUACCAAAAAUGCGCUCUCAGCUACGGAUACUAACACACUUCUACCAGGGCAUAGUGCAGCAGUUCCUGGUUCUGAUAAUGACUAGUCCAGACGAGAGCCUGCGCUUCCUCAGCUUCAGACUGGACUUCAACGAGCACUACCGGGCGAGAGACCCCCGUCUGAGGGCCUCGCUGGGGGCCACCAGGGGCCGACGGCCCUCCAACAUCUGACCUGACGCACACCACCAUGUCACAACAUAGGGACAGAGAGCCACACGGAAUCUGCCUUGAUAGUAUUUAUAUAUGACAUGAAGAUGACAUCAAAGUAGGGCUAGAUGGAAUCUGUUGUGAUGACAUAAUAGAGCCAGGUGGAGAUAAUGCCACUUUCAAAACAACUAGGAACUCUGAAAUCUCUGACUUCAGUGCGUUCAAAACAACUAGGAACUCUGAAAUCUUUGACUUCAGUGCGUUCAAAACAACUAGGAACUCUGAAAUCUCUGACUUCAGGGCGUUCAAAACAACUAGGAACUCGGUAAAAAACAAGCUCCAACUGGGAAAAAUCGUUUUGAACGGUCAUCCAACUCGGAAUUCCAAGUCGGGAACUCGGGGCUUCUUUCCAGAGCUCCGACUUUCCGACCUGAAGAUGACUGACGUCAUGAUUUGACCUAGUUUUUUUCAGAAUUCCCAGUUGUCUUGAACGAACCAUAAGAGGAUGAUGUAGUGGUGACUUCACAGAUUCCAUUUGGCCCUGCAUUUUAACACCUCAAGACAAAUAGGGCUAACUGGGAUUCAUUUCACUAUGACAUAAACAAACAGAACAUUUUGAAACCCUGCCGCCUCCCCCAAUGUCAUUGGUAAAUUACUCACACAAACAAACACACACGUUCAAUUCACCACACACACACACACACACACACACGUUUCCCACUCUUUCACAGUCCCCUCUUGGGAGAUGUGGUUUUAGAAGCCUGUCAUUUUAGUACUCUGCCUCCAGCAUCCAGCUGUGUUCACGCUCACCUCUUCGAGGUGUCUGAUAGGCUACCAUCACCGUGUGAAUUUCAUAUUGUACAUUUGAUAAUGAACAGAAUGUCUUGAUUUGAUUGGUUUGUUUACAUGUUCUGUGAAUAUUUGAAUUUUGUUUCGUUUUUCUUACUGACGUUUGUUUCUUUUUCAUACCAGUGUCUUAAAGUCUGCGGUGUGUUUUAUAACUGUUAAUAAACACUGUUAUAGCGGUUUAACAACUGUAUUAUGGAACCAACACAGCAGGCUCCCACCCACCUCUCUAAAGAGAUUCAUAAACAAUGCCCACAGCCCCUAAGGCUAAAAGACUGACAGACAUUAGGAUUGUAUUAGUGUUUUGUAUUAUUUAACUGGGUUUCUCUUGAUUCUCCUUGCAGACUGUGGCCUCUGUUCUGCAUGUCAAACUGUCAAGUUGAACCAGCUCAAUUCCUUACAAGGCAGAUUUGUCAAACGUGUUGCACCCAACUUAUGCCACUUUUCUCUCCUGACCACUCAGACAAACCUGGGAAAAUACUUUUGUCAUACUGCGACAUUAAACCUUGAAGCUACAAGUGGAAUGGUAACUGUAUGGUGACAUAGCUAGCCUUUCAAAACCCUCCCAUGAUGGAGUGUACUGUAGUAUUCGGGUGCAUCUCAAUAGUCAGAGGUGGCUUCCUCGCCUCCUUCCCUUCUCACUGAUCUGAAAGCGAUAUGGAAGACGCUUACCAGGACUUGCUUUCAUUCAGCUGUCAGCAGAGCAGGUGAAGGAAAGGAGGAAAUGCAGCUAUUGGAUGCGUCCUAAAUGACACCAUACAUAAUAGGGUGCCAUUUGAGAUGCAGAGUUAGAGAUGCACCCUUUAGUGUUUUAACCCCUCCAGGCAGGCUCCCCUUUCUUUCCAAUCACAAGUUCUCAUCAGGGCGUGCCAAGAGAAGAUGCUACCGGAAGACCUCUGUCUGUAAAUCCUGUCCAUUGUAUAGCACAGAUGUAUAGAAAUGACAUGCCAUGGACACAAACAUCCUGUCAUCUCUUUAAUAAUAAAGUCAAGUUUUUUAA